UCACACCGCGGAAAGAUGACGUCGCUGCAUUGUUGUGAUGGCCGGCCAGGCUGGGCGCAUGCGCAGCGGCCAGACCGUGAAGAUGGGCGGCCUGGGUGUCGCGGUGUUGUUGUGUUUCGGAGCUGUGGCCGGGGCGGCGACCGAUUCCGAAAGGGUCCUCCUUCGAGAAGUCCAAACUCUGACACUAUACAGUGGACGAUAUACACGUGGCCGGAGAACGAGCCCGGUGCCCCAGCUGUAUUGUGUUGGUGGCACAGCUGGCUGCAAUUCCUUUGUUCCGCAGAUUGUGCAGUGUUAUAAUAAAGGCUGGGAUGGCUAUGAUGUGCAGUGGGAAUGCAAGGCAGAUAUGGACAUUGCUUAUCGAUUUGGAGCAGUUACAGUCAGUUGUGAAGGUUACAACUUCCCGGAAGAUCCUUACAUUUUGAGAGGAUCUUGUGGUUUGGAAUAUGUUUUAGAUCUUACUGAGGAAGGUCUUCGUAAACCAAAAGCAAAUUCUGGAUUCAUUCAUCAGCCGUCUAAGCAUGAAAAUUCCAUGGUUUUCAGCAAUUCAUCCAAUAUUAUAGUGAUGCUCUUACUAUUUGGCCUCGCCUAUUUGAUGUACGUGACGUGUUUGCGAAGCCGACAGAAUGACAGCCAGUCUCGUCCACAAUGUGACGAAGGUUUUCACAGCACGGCAGGUCCUUCAGCCUGGUCCCCGCCUCCUGGUUUUAAACCAGCCUACACAGGGUGCACAACAGACGAUGGCUUUUAUAGCAAGGCCAAUCAGGGCUGUGGUGGGUAUCAAGCAGACCAUAGGUCAGGACCAGGAUUUUGGACUGGAGUGGGUGCUGGUGGAUUACUUGGGUACUUGUUUGGUAACAGAAGAUCUCAGCCGAGCAGUUCAUUUUACGAAUACCAGAGGGGAAGUCCUGCAUUUUACUCACAGCAAAGGCAAGAGAAUAACUGGAAACCUGAAAACACUGGAAGCAGAACUGUGUCAGGCUUUGGUGGAACAAAAAGAAGAUAAGGAAAUUAAGUUCAAGAGCUCAGCAAAAUUUAUUGGUUUAAAGCUUGCUGCUUCAGUCUGGCAGUGUAUUAUGAGGAUGUGGAAGAAAGAUAUUGCAUUGCUCAGUAAUUUUAGACGUGUAAUUGACUGGUGCAAACUUGCUAUUGUAUUCAAUUUAGUGUGUUUUGAAUCUGCAACAUAAUUAGGGCGUAUUGAAAAAUGUGAUACAUGCUCAUAUAUGCCUGAGCAUUUCAGUCAAGAAUACGGUUUGUUUUUCUAUCAUAAACUGAAAGGAAGUAUAAUUUGACAAUGUUGAGUAUACUGCCAGUGAGGUACAGUUUGAAUAUUCUGGGAAAUGGAAGUUGGUAGGUUAGAACAAAUCUUACCUUCUAACAAUUGUUUUGGUAAAUUUUCAAUCUAAUAUCUUCGCUAUCAGUUUCAUUAGCAAUUCUCAUAAUUAGUUGGUUGAUUAAAUAUUAUUUGGGGCAAGAGGACGAAUAACUAUGAAUCAAUAUUCAGCAGCAGGACCUGCUCAAUAUUUAAUUUUACUUAUUAGAAAAUGUAAUAUAUAUCAUAUUGUGCAGACCUUUGUGAUUUUCUCCGGUCACUACUUCCUGUUCCCACUCCUUUCUCUCUUUGAGUAUAAAAUUCCAUUUAUACUGCU